AUGAUAAACCCAUAUAAUGAAAUCAUCACUGGGACUUAUAAUGUAUUAACGAAUUUUAAAUGUUUAACAAAUAAUCAUCUGGUCUCUUCUUAUCUGACUGGUGCAUCAUCUAAUAAUCAAACUUUGAAUUAUUCUUCAAAUUCAUCAUUAUCAGUAUCGCUCACAUCUUACAAAAACAAAACAUGUCAGUUACCACAGUUCUUAAUUCCUUCUACGGAUCCUAAAACUCUUCUUAUCAUUAUUGCCAUCAAUCGCGUGGAUUUCAUUGAAAUCAAUUAUGUUUCGGCGCUUGCAUUUCUUCCGAAUAACUCUUUUGAAUAUGUGGUUUUUGACCAUAGUUUCCGCGACAAGCCACACAUAGCAGAUGACAUAAAAAAACUAUGUGAUAAACUUCAGGUGAAAUAUAUUCGUGUACCUUAUACACUUCAAAUCAACCAUCCAUCGAAUUCUCACGGUUCUGUUGUUCAUUGGAUUAUUCAAGAACACGCUUCGAAACAUAAAGGACGAGUUUGGUUUCUUGAUGUUGAUAUGUUUUUCAUCAAUGAUUGGGUUUGGGAGGAUGUCAUGCCAAUAGCAACGUAUGAGAUUAUGACUAUCUGGCAACGAAGACCACAUGGGCACAAACCUGGGCCUUAUGUUUUCUAUAUAUGGCCUAACUUCAUUAUUUUUCAAAAUAUACAGUCUAUUCCAGACCUCAACAAGAUGCGAUGGAGAUCAGUUCGAAUCGGUAACUCAGCUGUUGAUAGUGGCGGUGAGUCUUAUUAUUGGAUUAAAGAACAUCCUUUGAUUCGUAUCAAAGGGAUAUGGAAUGCACAGUGUGAUAUUCACGGUGAUAGAAGUGGGUGCCAAGAGCAAUAUCAACGUCAAAGUCCAGAGAUGAUUGCGCGUAUUCACCAAAAUCCUGAUUUGUUCGAACUAAUAUGGCCAAGCGAUUCUAACAUAAGUAAACGCAAUGAUCAUGGCAUCAUUGGUGACAUUUUAAUUUUGCAUUAUCGAGCUGGCAGCAAUUGGAAUGGAGCCUCUAAAGAAGCAUCAGACGAAAAGUGGGCAAGAAUUCAGGGAGCCGUCCAAAACGCCUUGAAAGACAAAACAAAACGCAAUGAAGAGCAACUCUUCCGUUACAAUGCAUGCCUUCAACGACAAAGGAAUCGACAGAAUUAA